ACGGAUACUAGCCCUGAUGCAUGCUUUUGGCCUCACCCUACAAUCGUGUUAUUCUGCCUUUUUGCCAGAAACCCGCUCAGGUUGAGCGAGCAGACAGUCAGAGAUGCUCAGCGCCAGUCAGAAGCUCACGGCCGAAGAGCGGAAGGAGCGGAAAAGGGUCCAGAACCGAUUGAAUCAAAGAGCGCGCAGGCAACGUGUCAAGGAUGAAGAAGACAAUAGCGCCAAGCCGUUUCGGGUUGGCCGUUGGCGACUUGACGGAGAUGCUGGUCCUUCGACACGAACCCGAACCUCGCCGCAUGUUGUUCGUAGUUCAAAGCAUGUUGUAAACGAAGGGCAGGCUCUUCUUCCCGCAGAACGUUCGGCAUUGCAAUCUCUAACCAAGGUUUCUGACACAACAAGUAGAGCACCUCCUGCCCUGCAACCUGGAUCAACUCAUGUUGCCAAGCUUCACCUACCUGCUGAUGACGCCCUGGUCCACCUAAUAGUCCACAACGUAUGUCGGGGGUUCAUGGAGAACAAGGCAAUACUGAAGCUUGUGGCAAGAUUCAUCGACGCCGCCUACGACCCUCCACUACCCCCUGAUCUCGCCGCAGGAUGUGGUAGUGUGGUGCUACGAACUACCUACCGGACAAUGCCAACCAGUCUUCUGCCAACACAGCUCCAGAUGAACUCUCCACACCCUAGCUGGAUAGACAUGCUCCCCUUUCCGGAAAUCCGAGACAAUCUCAUUCGGAGACAAUACACCUUCGACCAUAAAAGCUUUCUCUCAGAUCUUGUCGGAGACUCGAUAUAUGAGAUACCGUCAUACGACCCAGGUCAGGAAGGCUUGGCGCCGCCGCCACCACCGACACCGAGCCCGCAGACGAAGCGGCUCAACGGCCACGGCCUCAUUCUGUGGGGGGAGCCUUACCUGAAGGAGAGUUGGGAGGCUACUCCGCAAUUUCUGGCAAAGUGGGCAUGGGUUGUCGAAGGAUGUUGUGACCUUGUCGAUGCAUCCAACGGGUGGCGAACUACUAGGGGCGAGUAUCUUCUGCAAACAAGUGGAAGUGGGUGACUAUAAACAGC